CUAACAACAAACAGCACUUGAAGCGGUGUUGAACUGUGUUAUUGCUACAGUGUAGGCGCACCUUGAGAGUUAAGUCUAUGGAAAGCAAUGGUUCAAACUUUCAACAUGUAGUUUGUAAGGAAAAUUUCCAGGGACAAUGAGAGAGGUGUAGAUUUGGAGGAUAUAUAAUUUUGCUGAACACCUCUAUGCUUUUGUUUUGGGUAGGGAGAGGGAAAGCACUGAAGCUUUUUAUUUCUGAUGCUUGUCCCUGAAGAACAAAAAUGGCUUUGGCUGACCUGAAGGUGUGAGAUCCGUCUGUGCCGCUGAAAAGAGUGAAGCAUGAAGGGGAACAUGUAGAACUAAGCAUGUUUCCAUGGAGAGACCCAGAUAAUGUGCCAAGGCUUGCAGGAUCUGAGUGGGAUGUUCAGCCUCCCAGGCAUGUUUAAUUUUGGAGAGGGAGGGGAAAAAAGGUGUCUGUGUAAAUCUCUUAAUAAAAGAGGGUGAAGGAAUAGCAAGUUCACACUUGGAUUCUUUAAGAGUCGGCUUGUGCGGCUCCUGAAGACAAUCCAAGCCCCACCUUUCAUUAUGUAACGCUGGGGAGGGGGUGUUGUUGUUCUGGAUUGGUACUGCUCUGAAGCAGGGGUCUGGGCUCAGCUCAAGCAAAGAGAGCGAAAUUGGACUCAACUGGUUCUUUGCCUUCCUGGGGAUUAAUGCAACCGAUAUUGCAAAUAAAUAUGCAUUUUACCCAAAUCGUGAUGAUCUAGGCAGCUUUUGAGGGUUUUCUGUGACUGUCCGGUGCAGCCUUCCUGUCAUGGCAACGAUUGUGUCAGAAAAGCUUGGCCACCUUUUCCUGAACAUCCAGCACUUAAGGAGGGUCCCUCGGCUCCUGGAAGAGGCGCUUCCCCCUUCUUCUUGCACCGUGGGGGCAUCGGAUGUACCCCGGGUUUUCCAAAAGCCCUACAUCCACGCUGGCUACCGACCCCUCCACCGGACCUGGAAGUAUUACUUCCUGUCACUUUUCCAGCGGCACAAUGAGGCAGUCAACGUCUGGACCCACCUGGUGGCUGCCCUCGUCUUGGCAGUGAGGUUCUGGCAGCUCUCUCAGGCCGUGGAUUUCUUGGGAGACCCUCACACACAGCCUCUUUUUGUCAUUGCAGCCUCUUCCAUCAUCUACUCAACCUUCAGCACUUUGGCACACCUCUUGCAGGCCAAGUCGGAAUUCUGGCACUGUGCUUUUUUCUUCUUGGACUAUGUGGGAGUAGCCACCUACCAGUACAGCAGUGCCUUGGUGCACUACUAUUAUGCCAUUGAGCCUGAGUGGCAUGCACAGAUUGCCAGCUUUUACAUCCCAGGAGCUGUUCUGCUGGCAUGGCUCUCCUGUGCUGGCUCCUGCUAUGCCAAAUACCGGUGCCCACACCUCUCAUCUCUGCUGGGCAGGCUGUGCCAGGAGAUGCCGUCGGCUGUGGCCUACGCUUUGGACAUUAGUCCAGUACUUCACCGCAUUUAUACCUCCUCCUCUUCUGGAGUCACAGACUUGGCUCUUUUGUAUCACAAGUGCCACGUUCUUUUUUUCCUGAUCGGGGCCUUCUUUUUUGCCUAUCCAUACCCUGAAAAAUGGUUUCCAGGGAAAUGCCACUUUGUUGGCCAGGGGCACCAGGUCUUUCAUGUCUUCCUCAUCCUUUGCACACUCACUCAGGUGGAGGCCGUGCUUCUGGAUUACGAGAUGAGGCGACCCAUCUACUCCCAGCUCCAUGGCGGCCUGGCCCCACUCUUUUCUUCCCUGUGCCUUCUGGUGGUACUUUUCUGCAGCCUCACAGCUCUAUACAUGACAGCCAAAGUGAAACGCAAGUUGCUUCAAAAAGAGGAUUGAAAAAGACCAAGACAGGGAGGGGGUGGGACUUGCUGGGAGCCACCUGCGAGUUUCCUUAGUUGCACACUUUGGGUGCGUCAGUGCCACAGCAGUUAAGGAGACGGGCCAUUUUACCUCAGAUGGCUGGCUGUUUUUGUGGGCAUUCUCCCACAGAACGGGCCUGUAGCUAGUUCCCUCCAUGGUGCUUCCUGUGUCUGAGCUGGUUGAGGGGAUGGAUCAAACACUGCCACCAGAGAGUGAGUGGCAGAGAAGGGAGGGAUUCUUUUCUCUGGACAGAGGAGGAACCACCUUUCCAUGAGGGAAACCUGUCUCCAACUUGGGAAAGUUAUUUUUGGACUAUAGCUGGGUGAGGCAUUCUGGGAAUUGUAGCCCAGAAAAAAAAACCUUUCCCAAGCUCUGGGUCUGUUCACUAAGGAGAAUGCAUUGUUCACUCACUGCUCCAUAAUCCCUAAUCCAUGUUCUUUGCUAGUCUUUUAACUCAAAGGUGAGCAGAUGCUAUACAGUCUUGUGGGAUCUACUUAUAUUUCCUUUUAGCUAGUACUAAUGGCAGCUGUUAACUUCCAUGUCUGUGGGGUGGUGACCCUUCCUCAGGAUUUAGCCUGAACUCUAAAGCUUACGGCUUCAAAUCUUAUUUCCUAAAAUAGGCCCAGUAGCUUGGAUAGCCUGCUUAAAAUUCAGACUUAAAUCUGAAGCAGAUCCACUGCCCCACUGACAUGGAAGCCAUCAGGCAUCACUGACUGGAUCUCCAGAGCCUGAUACCACAUUUGUAGAGAAAGGAUUCUGGCCCUGGAAACUGUUGUUGGAUCAUCUGAAUUGAACAAGCUUUCAUAGUCCUUACAUACGCAGUCUGCACCUGAUUAUUCCCCAGGCUGCCUUCUUUUCAGCAAUAUACUUCAGGGUGUAAAAGGGUGUAGGAAGAGUGUUAUUUUAUUGCGGCUGUUAGCAAGAGCAAGCAAGGGUCAAUUGGCCUUGUCCAAUGGGGAGGAGAUGAUCUUCUAUGGCUGGCUUCUAGAAAUCAGAAUAAAGACACAAACACACUGCCAUUAGGCGUUGAAUCAAAAGAUUACUACAACCAGCAUGCCUGUUUUUGGCAGGGAUAUAUUAAGCUGCCUUAACACCAAGGUUGUUUUUCUACGCAGCCUAAGAUGGUCUGCCCUGGAGUUUGGAAAUGCUACUAUCGGUAUUUGGGCUAUGGCUCCUGAAAUCCCCCAAGGAAAAUGUUUUCAGAUUCUGAUCCUGAUUAAUAACGGCUCUCCAGAAUCUCAUGUGUAAGGAAAUCAUUCCCAGUUACCUGAGAUCCUUCAUUUCAGAUCCCUGAAAAACCUGUCCUCUGCCACUGAGCCAUGGUCUCUUAUGCAUCAGAUGUUGCUGCAAACUCUACAGCAGGUCUAAGUAGGGAUGGCUUCUCCCUCUUUCUAAUCUCAGCAACAAGCAAAUCAGAGGUAUACAACCUCUGGAUGUGGAGGUGCCAUUUCCUAUCCUGCCCUGCUUCCCACUUACUCAUUUUAGGUCUCAAUCCUAUUUAAAAUCUUCCUUUGCUCAUGGAUGUCACUGUAGCUUGUGCCAGUGAAGCCCAUGUUAAUUAAUGCACUGUGUGAAAAGAUGCUUACCUAAUAAGUGGGAAUGUUCCUCCAGGGUAUGAUUCCUAUCAACCCUGGCCACAGUCGAUGUCAUUUAGGUGUAGAAAGACUGAACCUCCACAAAUAUUGUUAGAUAUACCUCCCAUUAUCCUUGACAACAGUCUGUGCAGAUAAGACCUAAUCGGUUGAUGAGAUCUGUUACUAUCCCAGCCUUCAGAGGACCAACUAUUCCUCAUUCCUUGUUUAAAGGCAUGCAGUAACACACUCUAAUGCACAUUUACUCUGCAUUCUGUUGUGCUUUCUCUCAAAUUAAUAGGAUUGCAGCUUACAGUGUCUUUGAUGUGUCCUAAUUCUUUCAAGUUGGGUUGCCAUUAAAAUCCUCAAAUAGCAAGAAAUAUUCUUGGGAAUAGUUCCAUCAGAUUUUAACACAAAAGACUGGAGCUAGACUAAGUUACUUUACUUGGGUGCCAGCCCUGUGCACACUACCUGAGGAAUACAUCACAUUGAGAUCAACGGACUUAGCUUCUAAAUAGGCCCCUUGAAUAUUGUGCUGUUAAGAGAUCCAGUGGGACUUGGGUUACUCACAACUGAGGUCUUGCCCUUAUUUCAGUGGAGACCCUGGUGCACAUAAAACAGUUUGGAUCUGAACCACUGACUUGUUCAUUCCUGAGAAGCCUGUGCAUAGACAGAUUGCAGCCAGCUGAUCACCUGGCAGGAUCCCUCCAUAUUUUCAAAAACAGGGCAAUUCUUUGUGGCCUCACAGUCUUCAAAAAUGGCUGUUGGGGCUCAGCACUUAGAAGUAUAUUUGGCCAAAAUUCCUUGAUGGGGUUCCUGUUGAGUUAUGAGUUUCCAUAGAAGGCUGGUGGGAAGAUGUUUAUUGGAAACUGGAUGUUUGUCAAUUCUUUUAAGCCAGAGGCAUGGCAUAAAUCCAUCUGGAUUUGUGUCCUUUGAUUUCAAGCGGGACUGAAAGCCAGAUGGCCCCUUAAUAAACAAGUGGGUUGGAGUCCCCUCUUGGGAUUGCCCUCUGUCAAAUUGCCACCCAGGAUGCACAGAAAUCAAAGCGUUGAUUUAGACUGAAUAGCAGGGAUGAAUAAUCUUAAAUCUUAGAACCAAACCUGGUCUGCAGGGGUUCUUCAGAUGGCCCUAUGAUACCAUCUUUUGGUGGUUUCCCAGCUUAUCUAUAUCAACUCUUACGAUCCCUGGAGAGUGAGUGAAAUGGAGGUGAUAGCUGUUAUAGGCCAACCCAACAGUUUGGAGAAGGCUGGUCUAGAGGCUUGCCCAAGCUUGAUCCUUUUGGAGCAAUGUGGCUUCCUAAUAUACCAGCAAGAAGACUCUGCUCAUGCCACAGCCACUUUGGAUCCAUGCAAUAUUUUGGAAAGGUGAUUUCAUCUGAAAUCUUGAAAUGCCUGUAUCAAUUAUAAGACAAUGUUGAAUUAAAAAAUGAAACCAGUCAUGCCAGAAAGUUGGGCUCAGUGCCUUCUCCCAACUUGCCACUUUUCUACAAGCAGCAGACUUUUUACUCCACUACAGAGCAUUCUAACACACACCCCAUCAGAAUUGCGAGAUGGCCUGGUUUCAGGAUUAUUAUAUCCGAAUGCAUAAAUGUUGGAUUAAGCCCAACUCCUGGGUAUGGUUGAGCAAGUAUAAAGAUCAGUUUCAAAUGUUCUGAAGAGGGAAUGCCUUUGUGUGUGAAGACUUGCAUUAUCCCUCUCUUGCCUGUCUUGUAUUUUAUACAUAUUACUGGGCCUCAAUAAUUUGUUUCUAUAAAAAUACUUUUCAAAA